AUGAAGUUCUUCAACUGGAUGCAGAACAAGCUUAAUGGAAGACCAGGGAACCAAACCCCGAAUUCAGUCCCACCAAGUAACAAGGUGGAAGACUUGGUUGGUUGUGUAGGGAGCUUCACCCUACAUGGUUAUCUGGAAAUGUGUAUUUUAUGCUUAGAUUUUUCUGGUACUAAACAUUGUUUAGAUGGUGCAAGGGAUUUGAGCCAUGAAACUUAUUUCUCUGAUAGAGAUAGAAUUUUGUAUGCAGCUCCUUCAAAACUAGAUCUUCCAAAACAAUCUUCCCAGAGAGAAGAGUUCAAUGACUGGCCUCAUGGACUGCUAACAAUUGGGACAUUUGGUAUCAAGGAUCUCAAAGAAGAAGCCGCUAGUUCUGAGAUUCAGACUGCCACUCAUGAUCAAGAACUAGAACAGAAUCCCACCUCUGCUCCAUCCCCGGACUUGUCAGAAUUUUCUCCAGAAGAGUUUGGUCAAUUGCAAAAGGAAUUGACAAAGCUCUUAAAACGAAAAUCAGCUAAACAAGAGGAAAGCUCUGAUCUACCUCUGGACAGAUUCCUUAACUGCCCUUCAAGUUUGGAGGUCAGCAGGAGGAUUUCAAAUGCUGUUUGCACUGAUCCUGAUUACAAGGAAGAUGAUAUUGAACGCACAAUUAGUGUAAUAAUCGGUAAAUGCAAAGAGGUCCGGGCAGAGAAGACUCAGAAUGCGAUUGGGAAGAAAUCAAUUUCUUUUCUUCUUAAGAAGAUGUUCGUUUGUGCAAAUGGGUUCACACCGGCUCCUAGUUUGAGGGACACUCUACAAGAGACCAGAAUGGAGAAGCUACUGCGAACCAUUAUUCAUAAGAAGAUGUACCCUAAAAAUGCUUCUCGGACAUCGUCGAUGAAGAGAUAUAUUGAAGAUAAACACAAUACUACAGAAAAGAAAAUUAACGAAGAGGAAGAUGACAAACCAAGGCCAAGCGAGGGAUGUAAAUGGGACAAGACAGAUUCAGAUUAUAUUGUUCUAGAGAUUUGAUAUUUUAUCACCCUUAUACAGAUAUAUUAUACCAAGAUUUAAGUAUAUGUAUGCAUCGUCUUCUUGUUCAAUAACUUGGAUUUGUCAGAGGAAUGAGUUCGUAAAACUGAUGGAGGAAAUAACAGAAGAAAUCGUUGGCACUUGAAGGAAUCCUGAUAUCUUUUGUGAAACGGGGAAACUUGCCCCCCUUUUUUUCAUGGUUGUAUCUGUUGAUGUACAGAUCAACUCAUGUUAUGUAACAUUCUGUAUUUUAAGCUGUCGAAGCCAGACACUUAAAAUUUUUUCCUCCCCUUUUUUCUUUCCCUUUGAUAUUCUUCUUCCAUUUUCCAAAUGGAAUCCUCUUUUCCUCUCUUCUUUUUUGUGUUAUUCUGCUUGUUAAAAUUUGCAUAGGACAAGAGUUGGACACAUAAAACAAUGUAUGAUUCAUACUAAUUAAGAAUAGAUGAAGUAGUUUAAUA